AUGUAUCCUCUGUCAGCAUCCUUACUAAAACGUCUCGAUGAAUACGCCAACAUUCAAUAUUUAUAUCCACUUAUGGAAUUUUCCAAAUAUCUUAUUAAUAAAUACAAUCAUCGAAUUCAACGAAAUCAUGGAGCCGUUAUGACGAUCGAUGAAGCUCUUCAACAAGGAGGUCUUGAUAGCCAAAAUUUGCGUAUUCUUUUGGAUCAAUUCAUCGAUGUUUGGUACAAAAUCAAUCUAAAAAGUGUUCGUCAUGGAUGUCACACGCCUAAGUUCGUUCGACCACAUCUUCGUGAAGACUUUGCCAGCAAAACAAGUUUAGCUUUUGUACUAUUGAACAAAUCUAAAGAUGACAGUAGCCUCCUGCUGACUGCUUGCAUACAUACACUAGCUAAUAUGCAAAAUGAGAUUGUUGCAUACUUUCGAAAAGUGAUCGUCAACGAAACAAUAUUAAAUACACGUGUCUUUCUAAAUGCAAUUAGGCCUGAACAUAUGCUUCGACUCGAUGAGUCUGAAAUCGGUAAUAAACUAGUGGAAAACAGUUUCAUUAUCAAUUAUGAAUAUGGCCAAGGACGUGAUCUAAUCUAUGAUUAUGAGGAAAUUGAAAUGUAUAUGCGCAAUCUUGUUAGUAGUCUUUGUUUAUUUGAUACAGA